ACAACGCUGGUUUGGAAAAUCAGAUUGGAGAUACAUGACAUGACAUCAUUAUUAUUCACGUAUCUUCGUACUCCUCCUCCUCCUUGUAGGAUGAAUCUUCACCAACGGAGAAGCACAUAGCAGAUCAGGAUCUAUUCAACAAAGUUAAACUCUUUCUCAACAGUUCCUCUACUCCAAGGAAAGGCAAAAACAAAAAAGAUGUUAGAUAUCUUCAAGUUCAGUUUCCUCGUCCUCCUCGUUAGAAUCGAUGCCUUUUUGAUCUUUCUUGCAGGCGUUCAUUAAGGCUACAACUUCCAGAAAUCCAUCAUAUAGUAUACUGCAUUGCUGGUCAUCCAAAGCUUAAAUUUCAUUUUAGGUCCUCCUCCGUUUCGUGUUAAGGGAACAAAACCUGACCAGCAAGAUGCUCUUGCGGAGGUCUUUGUGAGCGUUUCCCCUUAAGAAAUGGACCUGAGAUGCUGCCCACAAAGUGAAUUCCUCCGACCUCUUCUAACUUUACGCUUACCUGCGGCAAGAUGGGCGUGCAUGGAAGUCGAACUCGAAGGCGCCUCUUAUCGCAUCAUCGAUUUGCGCUGGUGCAUUGCUGGCGCUCUGUGCCAUUGCCAGUGCGGAAAUUAUCAAGAUACACGUCUUCGCCAGUGUUGUAGCACUUUACGGCUGUGGAAGUUGGUGAAAUAUAUUUGAAGACCACAAUAUUGCACACUUUGUAACCUAGUGCUCAUCAAUCUAGACUGGAUUAUCUAGUCCUCUCAUCAUCACUACAUAUUUGAAAACUCUUUGGUCCAACGACGCUGAAAGCACUAAGGUAAAGCAGCCGGCUAGUUUUCACCUCUAUCCUUAGGCUUAUCCCUUCACACAUAAACUAAAUCUAGUCAAUAAUUGUUCUUGAUUCAACCUAAUGAAACUAAACGAUAGUGUUGAUCCAUUUCCAUCUUGUCCACAUUCUCCACUUUGUACUAUGAUGCCAUACUCAAUGAGUGAAGGAAGCGUUCUUCUCACGACUUGAAGAUGAGCAAUCACAUGCAUAUUUUUGUUCAGCCACCUCUAAGACGCUUUCGGUCUCGCCUCUGCAAUCGUGUUCAUCAAUAAACUGAAGCAACUGGACUGUCCUCAUGCCUUGGAUAUCCACCACUGCUAUCGCACAUGGCGCAACUGGGUGGAUUAAGGCUUGUUCCCAUAAUAUUAGUCCAUCUUCUUUCAGAUAGAAGUACGUACAUCUUGGAAAAGCUUCUAUCUCUUCAAGAUCUAGUCUUGACUAGUGGUCCAUCUUCAGAUAGUAAAUCUUGGAAGAUCUAUACCUAUGGAAAAAAAAUAUACGCAGAUCUAGCACGUUUGUGAGCAUUUCUCGAUUGAUUGCUUGAUCUUCUGAAUUUACCAGUCCAGAGUUGGUCCUGGGUCUGUUUGUUCCUCCAUUAUCCAGCACUGCCGCUCGUUAGACGGCCGCAUAUAGUUGCUUGAUCUUGUGAAGCACCUUGAGGCUGCUUUCCCCUCAGGGGGGAAGCUUCAAGAUGAAUCCGAACAUUGGGGACUUGCGUGGAGAUCUCUAAGGUGAGGGUGGUACGUGGGACGAUAAGCCAAGAAAUGCGCCUCCAGUUUUGCCAAAGUACCUGCUGGAUGAACCUGAAGGGCGAGCAAUUUCGUUAUACAUCUUCCGAGCGCUUGCUUACUUGAACUUAAGGGUAUUGGGUUUGACUUUGAGGAUGUUCCUUAUCGUUUUUCAUCUCGCUGAAGAUACUGGCUGAGAAAAACUAUUUCUUGAGAACCACUCCUGAUGACGAUGUUCCCGCUGUAGAUAGUUUUGCCUCUCAUCAUGAGGGGGACUACUGGAUACUAAGCUGUAAUGCUAAUGGGAUACUUCUAACCGAACACCCACCAGACCCUGCGUCCACCUCUAAUGUGCGCACAUAUGCCCUGGAUCGCUCUUUUUACUAUGAAUGGGUAUGUGUAUGUGAUGAGUCUACCCCAAAAAGAAUACGAGCUUACUGUCAGGGGCUUGCCUCCAGUUGCAGAUCGUCCAUUUUGGGAUUAGUUCUUGAAUGGACAACUUGUUUGGGCGUGUAGACAGCACUACUUGGUGGACAGCACCAAAAAAAAGGUCGAGCAGCCCAGAGUUUGUUGAAACGAUGGCAUGACAUGUUGGGCCUGCUAUGGAAGACAAGGACGUAAGAACUGAGCACUUCAUGAGCGUGUACUGAAGCAGAACAUGAGCAAUCUCCGUGAACCAAUGCUAAAGAUAAUGACAUCGAAGAUGAAGCCUGACGAUUCAACGACAUCAGCAUCCCCACUGAUUGGCAGGACUGCAACUUUGC